UGACAUGUCAGAUAUUAGAGUUGGUUUCUUUUCUUUUCUUUUUCAUUUUAUCACAUAAAUUGAAAUUAAAAUAAAAUAAAAUUUGAGUAACCAACAAAAGUAAAAAUAUCAAGUAUUUAUUUGCUCGAAUCGGAUUAAAAUUGAUCAGAUUUGUUCUCUCUCGUCGUCGUGCUCAUGCACUCAACGCUCGCCAACUGCUGAUACACCAUCGAUUCUCUCCGAUCUGAAUUUUUUUUUUUUUAUCAAAAUCAAAAUCCAGGAGAAUGAUCCAAGUGCUGUUUACUGUGAUAUUCGCCGAAAUGGCGGUAAUCCUGCUCCUCAUAUUCAAGACGCCAUUGAGAAAACUUAUAAUAAUGGGCCUGGACCGUGUAAAGAGAGGCCGGGGUCCAAUCGUCGUGAAAACUACCGGCGGCACCAUCUUCGUCGUCAUGCUGUCCUCCAUCUACAGUGUGGUGUCUAUCCACAAACGGUGGAUCGAUGAAGAUGGCAAUGUUACCCCAACUGAUCAGAUUCUUAUGGCUCAACAUCUUCUAGAAGCUUCUCUCAUGGGUUUUUCCCUGUUUCUUGGUCUGAUGAUUGACAGACUGCACCACUAUAUAAGAGAACUGCGAAUGAGGAGGAAGAGCAUGGAAGCAGUGAACAAGCAAAACAGAGGUUUUGAAGAUGGGAAGAAUGGAGGUUCUGACGAUAUGAAGUCUUUGGAGGAAGAGGCAGGAGCAUUGCGUUUGAAAAUAAAGAAACUGGAGGCAACUGUCGAGGAAAAAGCUAAAGAAUCAAGUGAUGCAGAAGCCAAUGUAGUUGCUCUUAAAAAGCAAUCAGAGCAUUUUCUUCGUGAAAAUGAUAGCUUACAUGAGGAAAACCAGAAUCUUCGUGCUCAAUUGCAAUCACUGGAUCAGAGAUUGUCAAACUCUGAUGUUAAAAAGGCUUCUUAAGGAGUCUCAUCUCACGAAUCGUCCAAUUACUCAUCAUUUGGAAGUUCGGUGACGAUUUUCUUGAGAUGUUCAUGCUCAUAAUAUCAAUACAGUGUGUGCAGGACUCAAUAGGAAGUGUUCAAGUUUUUAUCCUUACUAUAGUUUCAUCGCCCAAUGGAGUCUUUUCCUCGACUAGUUUAACAAGCCUCUGAAAUUACAACUUGUCUGUAAGCUUUUAUUGCCAAGUUCAUCUGUUAAGACAGCUUUCUUAAAAGUACUUUGUAGGUUUGAUUUUGACAUCCUGAUUUGUAAAGUCUUGAACUGCAUAAGGAAAAUUUAUGCAUUCAAUAAGAGCCCUUUUGUAACCUUCUA